AUGUCUCAGGAAGGAGCCAACUUGCCCCAAGAAGUGGAGGGGAGCCAUGAUCAGGCCACCGCCCCCCAUAGCAGCAUCCCUGCCGGCGUCGGGUCACCGACGGCGACCGUGAUGCCGGCUGGUUCCAACCCCAGCUCUGUCAGCAUGCUGGCCAGCGCCAUCAACAACGCUGGGUUGUCUGAGCGUGCCAGCCCGGCGGUGCUCUCUGCCGGCAAGGAUAGCAACGCCGCGUCCAAGAUCGCCAGCCCGGCGGUGCUCCAGGCCGGCGAGGACAGCAGCGCCGUGUCCAGGAUUGCUAGCCCGGCGGUGCUCCAUGCCGGCGAGGAAAACAAAGCCGAGUUCAAGCUCGCAAGCCCGGCAGUGGUCCUUGCCGGCGAGGAGAAGGGCAACGACGCUGCUGGGUCCAAGCUCGCUGGCCCGGCGAUGCUCCAUGACUGCGACAACAGCAAAGCCGGGUCCCAUGCUGGCGUGGACAACAAUGCCGCCCGGUCCAAGCUCGCCAGCCCGGCGGUGCUCCAUGCCGGCGAUGACAACAACGGCGGAUCCAAGAUCGCUGCCCCCGCAGUGCCCCACGCCAUCGUGGACAAGACCACCGGCACCAAGCUCAACAGCCCGGUGACGCUCCAUGCCAGCGAGCACAACAACGCCGGGUUCAAGCUCCCAAACCCCGCAGUGCUCCAUGCCAGCAAGGACAUGGACAACAAUGCCGGGCGGCCCAAGUUCGCCAGCCCAGGGGCGGUGUUGCUCCAUGCUGGCGAGGACAACAAAGCCAGGACCAAGCUCGCCAUCCAGGCAGUGCACCAUGCCGGCGGUAACGCCGGGUCGUCCAGGCUCACCAGAUCGGCAGCGGCUGCGCUCCAUGCCGCCAAGGAGAACGCAUCCAAGCUCGUCAUCCAGGUGGUGCCCCGCCCCCAUGCUGGCAAGGACAACAACGCUGGGUCGUCCAAGGCUGCCACCGGACCAGCGGCGGUCGACGCCGGCGAGAGCAACGCCAAGGAGGGAAAGAACAACGUAGCUGGAGAACAACGUGCCCAUGAGGCCGACGUGGGCGGCGGCAGCGGGAAGGGCAACGCCGCCGCGGUGGAGGACGCGGACCCCAACUUGCACAUCUUUACCGAGAGGGAGCGAAGGAAGAAGAUGAAGAACAUGUUCAGCACCCUGCACGCGCUCCUCCCCCAGCUCCCCGACAAGGCUGACAAGGCCACCAUAGUUGGGGAGGCCGUAACCUACAUCAGGACUCUGGAAGGCACCCUCCAGAAGCUGGAGCGCAAGCGCGCGCUGGCGGCGCAGCAGCAGCAUGGCCAGCAGCAGCUGGCGGUGGGUGCCGGCAGCAGCCGCGCGUCGUCCGCGCGCCACCCCGCACCACCAGCGCUGCCAGCACCAGCACCGGCCCCGGCCCCGGCAGCGUCGUCGUCGAGGGAGGCGAACCUGGCGGACAUGGUCCACGGCUUGGCACAGCAUGCCGCCGUGGCCGCCGCGAACAAGGCCCUGGCAGUGGCGGCGGCAGCGGCCGCGGCCGGCUCCUCCUCCUCCUCCAGCGCCGCCGCCGCGCAGCUGCCCCGUGGCGCGGUGCCGUUCCCUGCGCCCGCGGCGGGGUUCCAGACGUGGACCGGGCAGAACGUGGUGGUGAGCGUGGCCAACAACGAGGCGUACAUCAACCUGCACUGCCCGCGGGAGCCCGGCACGCUGACCAAGGCGCUCUUCGUGCUGGAGAGGCACAGCAUCGAGGUCAUCACCACCACCAUCUCCGCCCAGGACGGCUUCCGCAUGUACGGCAUCCAUGCGCGCUUCUAUCUCGAGCUGGGACCUUACAAAUUUUUGUUUGCGUCGUGGACGAUGGACCUGCAGGCCAAUCCGGCUUCGGAGUCGGCUCGCUUUCCGGAGAAUCUGUGUGCUGAAGACAGGUUCAAGCUGGCGGUGUCGGAGAUGGUGCAGCUGAUCAACAUCUGA